ACCAAGGACAGAGAUGAGGAAGUUAGUAGCGGCGCUGCUUGUGGUGUCAGUAUUUUGUCUCUUCAGUUUGGAUCAAUCGACCGCGUAUCGGAGCAGGCGCAGACGCCGCUGCAAUAUAUUUUGCAGCCAGAAAUAUGUGUGUAGCCUGAAGUACAAGAUGAACAACACAGUCUACGCAACGAAUGACGCCUUCCUGCCCGUGAACGCCACCAAGUUUAACUUGUGUCGUGACAGCGGAACUUGCUGUACGUACUACACGGGCUGCCAAUCUAAGUACCUCAGUCGGGACGGCACCACCAUCAUGGACAACCUGGACCCCUGGACUGCUACUCAUGUGGGCGGCAUUACCACACAACCCAGGCCUGAGUCAAUUUUCGUGUGCAACCGCGCCCCUUGCGGAAUGGCCCAGAAAGGCAUCAUCAUGACAGUUGCCACCAGCAUCACGAUGGCCUUGGCCACAACAUUGUGCCUCCUGCGCUCAUAGAGGGUAGCUGUGCCCAUGCUGUACAGGGUAAAUGGCCCAACCCGAGGUGUAUACGGUUUCUUAAUACGCGAUCGGUUCCUAUCUGAGACGUAGCUACACGUAUUCA